AGCUAUUCGGCGCCCUUUCCACAGGUUGCGCGUUCUCCCUGCCGCCAGGGCUUAGGGAGCGGGUCCUGGUGGCAGAGAAGGCGGGAGAGGCGAGAGUGGGCUUGCGGAUAGUCUCAACUAAAAUAUCAAUAUAGGGCGUGGAGGAAACUAAAAGUUAGAUUAGGAAUCAAGAAACGAAAGGAGGAAGGAAAAGGCAGUAUGGGACAGACGGAAAAGUUAGUAAACGGAAGAUGUGCUUCACGAACGAUCAGGCGCUGCUCCUGUCGCCUAAGAAAGUGAGGCCAUCGAGGAUUAUGGGAUUUGUAGUUUUACGUGUCAUUUGGUUGGAAGAUGGCGGAAAUGACAGCUGCGCAAACGCAGAAGCAGCUUCAGCUGCGCUUGCGCUUCAGUCCCCGGACCACUCCCCUGGGGUGGGAACGGUGCUUGUGCGUGGCCUCGCGCCUUUCCUUGUUGGCGGGAAAACUGAGCCGAGGUUGGGGGGCUUGCAGAACUGCUGCAGUGGCUCACUCUGCUCCUCGUCUUUAGGCCCUCCUUGCUCCAGAAGGAGAAAAUUCAUCUGGAACAGAGGACCAGAGACUUGAGUUGUCAUAAAAGGCACAAAGAAAGUGUAGCUUCUGAGCUAAAUGAUGGCAACGUUGCAGAGUAAAGAAGAACAUGGGAAGGGGUCAAAGAAAACCUUCGCCCCACCUGUACAAAAAAUGCAUAGCCUGAUGUGCUAUAGCCCUAACUCACCCAAGGAGGAGACCCUGGGGAUCAGUUCUUCAAAGGACAGGUUAGAGAAGAAGGAGCAGAAAGCAACCACAGAAAAUGGUCCAAGCAGUGGCCAGGAGAAAAAAGGAAAGGCUAAAGACAAGCAAGCAGAGAAGAAAGCAAAGGAAAAAUUAAGUCUCACCAAUGCAGAAUUUGAGGAGAUUGUCCAGAUUGUGCUACGGAAGUCCCUCCAGGAGUGUUUGGAGACUUCCUGUGCCCAGCCCAUAAGACGUACCCAAUUAGACAAGGAACCAGGAAUUGCUUCUUCUACUGAUAAUGAUAAUGCUGAUGGAGAGAAGGUAAUGGUACCUCAUACUCUAGAGAUUUCAGCCACUAAGGAAGCUGGAGUGACCUCUGUGAUAGAGACACCUAAGCCAGGGCAGCCAGAUCCUCCACCUUCUGAGAAGAAAUUCAAUAGAUUUUCCUUAAGCAAAGGAAAGAAAGGAGCCCAAGAUGAGAAAAUGGAGAAAGCCCAAAGUGGACGUGAGCCCAGACAGAAAGCUCAACUGAAAAAAACAGUUCAAAAUCAUUCUCGGAUCAGAAACCAACAAAAAGGAGAAGGCAGUGGUUUUGGUCAGUGUCUCGUCUGGGUCCAGUGUUCCUCCCCAAACUGUGAGAAGUGGAGGCGGCUUUGUGGGAACAUUGACCCCUCAGUGCUUCCAGAUAAUUGGUCCUGUGAUCAGAAUACAGACUUGAAGUAUAAUCGCUGUGACAUCCCUGAGGAGUCCUGGAUAGGGCAUGAGAGUGAUGUGGCCUAUGCCUCCUACAUUCCAGGAUCUAUCAUCUGGGCCAAGCAAUAUGGUUAUCCUUGGUGGCCAGGCAUGGUAGAAUCUGAUCCUGACCUGGGGGAAUAUUUUCUUUUUGCUUCUCAUCUUGAUUCCCUGCCGUCUAAGUACCAUGUGACAUUUUUUGGAGAGACAGUUUCUCGUGCUUGGAUCCCAGUUAACAUGCUGAAGAACUUCCAGGAGCUGUCCCUGGAGCUAGCUGGAGUGGAGAAGCUGUGUUGGGAGAAAGUACCAUGUCUGACCAAGUGUGCAAGGGUGAGGUUAUUCAUGAGGGACUCUUCUUUCUAUCAGAAAAGGUGCAGGAACAAGGAUUGCAGUCAGAAACUGGGAGUGGCCCUGACGAUGGCUCAGGAGGCAGAACAGAUCAGUAUUCAGGAACGGGUUAACUUAUUUGGUUUCCGGAGCCGAUACAAUGGAUCUGACAAUAGUCGGGAAGGAAAAGACAUAACGCUUACUGGGGCUAACAGCCCAGAUUCCCGCUUGGAGAAAGAAGGGGAAGAGGCCGUGUUGGAGGAGGUGGAGGAGGAGGAGGAAGAAGAGGAAAAAGACUCACCUUUGCCCAGUCCCAAGCCAGCCAAAAUUCAGACAAAAAACCCCAAGGCAAGAGGUGGGGGUGAUGCAGGCAUAGCAGAUGGACGAGAUGGGAUCCUGCAAAGGAAGACAACGAAGAGAUCUCUGGGAAAUGAAUCUGCAGCAACGCCUGUACGCAUAAUGGGAAGGAAAGAAGGACACAGGAAUUCAGAGCCUGACCAGCCAGGCCCUAAGAAAAAAUUUAAAGCUCCCCAGAGCAAAGCUGCAGGAACCAACUUCCCUGAGGACAAAGAAGCUAGGAUGGAGCCAAAGGGCCCGACCCCACCAGCUCGUCUUGGGGCUUGUCCCAUGGUGGGGAAAGAAGGCUCAAAGUGUCCUCAGGAGGCUGGAAGUGUCCUCCAUGACGAUGAAGCCUCCAGUGACCUGGACCUGGAGCAACUCCUGGAAGAUGUUGGAGAAGAGCCGGAGCAGCUGGAGGAGCCACAGUGUGGAGAUGACCCUGGGGAGUUCACCACGACCUUCUUUGAGGAAUAGCUGUGUGCUCCUGCCUCACCCGCUUCCACAGGAGCAGCAGAGAGAGCCCCUCAGAGGGUCCCUGGGAAGCUACUAAGUGUGGGGUUUGUUCCUCAGCUACAGGUCAAUUGGCUAAAGUCACGGCUCUGCAGUUUAUGUGUUAAUAAAACAGGUUACCGGCUUAA